GCUUCGUAAACCGCAGAAGAGCCAGUUUCACGCAGCUCUUUCGUGAUCAUCUGGGAUUCAACCAGCCCCCUCGAGACGCUUUUUCAGUGUUGAUAACGCUACGAUCCCAAGAUGGCGGCCUUUGCGCGGACUCUCAACCUCAUGUACCGCAUGGCCAUCCCGGCCUCUGCCGGCGCAUUCCUCCUCUCACAGUCCAUUUACGAUGUUCGCGGUGGCACAAGAGCAGUUAUUUUCGACAGAUUGUCCGGUGUCAAGGAGGAUGUCAUCAACGAGGGAACGCACCUUUUGAUUCCUUGGGUGCAGAGGAGCAUCAUCUUUGACGUGCGGACGAAGCCCAGGAACAUUGCCACAACCACUGGCAGCAAGGAUCUCCAGAUGGUCAGCUUGACGCUGCGAGUUUUGCACCGGCCAGACGUCAAGGCCCUGCCAAAGAUUUACCAGAACCUCGGCGCAGACUACGAUGAGAGAGUCCUCCCCUCCAUCGGAAACGAAGUCCUCAAGGCCAUCGUCGCCCAGUUCGACGCCGCCGAGCUCAUCACCCAGCGCGAGGCCGUCUCACAGCGCAUCCGCAGCGACCUCACCCGCCGCGCCGCCGAGUUCAACAUUGCCCUCGAGGACGUCUCCAUCACCCACAUGACCUUUGGCCGCGAGUUCACAAAGGCCGUCGAGCAGAAGCAGAUUGCCCAGCAGGACGCCGAGCGUGCGCGCUUCAUUGUCGAAAAGGCCGAGCAGGAGCGCCAGGCCAACGUUAUCCGCGCAGAGGGCGAGGCCGAGAGUGCGGAGACGAUUAGCAAGGCUAUUGCCAAGGCUGGUGAUGGACUGGUGCAGAUUCGAAAGAUUGAGGCGAGCAGAGAGAUUGCGCAGGCGCUGUCGUCGAACCCCAACGUGGCGUAUCUGCCUUCGGGAGGAAAGGGUGGCAGCGGAAGCCAGUAUCUGCUGUCUGUAGGCAGGGCGUGAGGCGGAUUUGUAGGAAUAAUGGAAAGGUAAGGCACGUAUGGAGAGCACACCCGCUCACUGCUGGGUUAGGGUAUUGGCAGGGGGGAUCAAAUCACGACAAUCUUGUACUUUUAGCUAUAGCAGGCCCGGAGAGGCCUGUCCUUGAAGAAUAAAAAAAAAAAAAGAAACCCAUGCUCUA